AUGAUCGGUGAAUUCCUCCGACAGAAGAAGGUGACCCCCUAUGUUGCUGAGGAGAUCAAGGUUUGCGGCGGAGGCCAGCUGAGGAGGGUGAUGAACAUGCCAGAGCUUUCUCUGUCUCCUUUGUCGCCGUUCGGCCACGGUGUAGACAGCUUUCCGACGGAGUCUGAAGCGAACCCCUCCAAGAAAAGGAAAUCCUCGUGGGACGAGCCUCCAAGCCAAACCGCCAUUGAGCUGCAGCUCAAGAAGCCGCUGCCCUUGGACUGGGAGCAGUGCCUUGAUCUCCAAGUGAUCUCUCUCUCUCUCUCUCUCUCUCUCCAUGUCUAUCCAUAUAACCGUCUACCCCUCCCUUCCAUUGUUCUAUACAUCUCUCUAUCUUCUCCUCUAAUCCUCACGUGCAAAGGAAAUCCCAAAGCCACUCUGUAUGUGAUUUUAGAGACUAGUCCAUGUUUUUUUAUUAUAGUAAAUCGUCCUUCUCCAAGACUUCACACCACAAAUCCGAGGCCCAACUAAUUACAUCCACGUGCCGUCUGACGCAUCCUAGAAUUGCACAUGACAUCUAGAAGAAGCAUUCACAUCGCACAUGUACACAUAUAGAAGGCACACCCAAAUGAAAACCCUAGAAGCUACUGUCAUUACCGAUUCGUAGCAUCUAUCAUCCCCACGAGUAAUUCUUUUUGGUUCUUGUUGAUACGCAGUCUGGAAGAAUGUACUACCUGAACAGGAAGACGUUCAAGAGGAGCUGGUCCUGGCCCAAGAACCAGGGCCUAGACCUGGAGCUGAACAUCUCGCCCCCACAGAACUCGGAGGGGAUAGCAGGCACCAACUCGCUUGAUGACUCGAGAAAGCAGAGCUAUUCGGCCAACAGUAUGGUGGCGGUGGCUUGCCUCCGCUGCCAUCUCCUCGUCAUGCUAUCCAGGUCCUCCCCCUCCUGCCCUAAUUGCAAGUACGUCCAUCCCCUGCUCCCACCCGCCCAGCAACUCUCCCCCUCUACGGUCGACGACAGCCCCAGGUCCCCGGAGACCUUGAGCCUCCUCAACUGA